UUGUUUUCCAAAUCCAUCCCAGUUUGUUGAGAGCAGACGAGGAUCUCGAAGAUCUCAGGAUAUAAUAGUGUCAUAAGUCAUAAGUUACAGGAUGAUGCCUUCAGCUCGAGAUCCGUUUUAUGUUGUGAAAGAGGAGAUUCAAGAAUCUAUCGAUAAGCUGCAGUCUUCUUUUCACCAAUGGGAACGUAUUUCAUCUAAUGGUGGACAACAAGUACAACUCAUGAAGGAACUGCUUGCUACUUGUGAAAGAAUUGAGUGGGAGGUAGAUGAAUUGGGCAAAGCAGUAUCUGUAGCAGCUACAAAUCCUAAUAAAUAUGGGAUUGAUGAAGUGGAACUUGAAAAGCGAAAGAGAUGGACAAGCACUGCUCAUGCUCAGGUAGGUGCAGUAAAAAGAGCAGUGGAGGCUGGAAAGGAGUCUACGGGAACUAGUGCAGCUGGAAUGAGGCGAGAACUAAUGAGGCUGGCAAAUUCUCAGGAGACAGACAGAUCCCACCAAUAUGCUGCACACCAUAACGAUGAUUUCAUAACAUCAGAAUCAGAUAGACAGUUGCUUCUCAUAAAGCAACAGGAUGAGGAGUUGGACGAACUCAGUGCCAGUGUGGAGAGAAUUGGAGGUGUCGGACUUACCAUACAUGAAGAGCUCCUCGCACAGGACAAGAUUGUAGAGGAGUUGGGUAUGGAAAUGGACAGUACUUCAAAUCGUCUUGAUUUUGUUCAGAAAAAGGUGGCAACAGUAAUGAAGAAGGCUGGUGUAAAAGGCCAGAUUAUGAUGAUACUCUUUUUGGUGGUUUUGUUCAUCAUUCUUUUUGUUUUGGUCUUCCUCACCUAGUGCGAAAUUCAAAACAUGUCUGCUAUGAUCAUACAAGUGGGAAGGAUGUGUCUUUCGGAAAGAAAUAUGAACUGUUUGAGUACACACAUAUUAUGGGAAUGUCUAGGUUUGUUCAUAAAAGCUUUCCUGGAAAAUUAUGAACCAACCCAUCUAUUUUUUCUUUCUUCCUUUCAUCCUUCAUUUCUUUCUUUUUCUCAAGGUUGUAGAAAGUUUUUAGGCAGGAUUUGAUGUUGAAAUUGGAGCUACAGAGAUGAAUGAGUAUGGGAGGUUUAUAUUUGUCAAUUUGUUUAUUCCUUGCUUGUCUAUUACC